UCUGUGAGCCGGAGCCGUGAGUCUCAGACUUUCCUCAACACAGCUACCUUCAGGGUGAAAGUCUGUUUGGUCUCUGAGAGGACCGUUACCGUACAGAGGCUCCUUACCUGGAUUCAUCUCAUCACUACAUCAUGGGUUCUGCUGAAUCUCGCCAGUGCACCGUUUACAUUACGAAUAACAGCACGGACUACACCCUGCGGAGCCCCAGUGUGCAUCUCCUGAGCGGCGGCUGCCAAACUCCUCUGCCUGCAGCACUCCGUCCUUCAGAGUCCGGCAGCGUCCUGUUCUCCAAGACGGCUUUGACAGCACGAGGAAGUGUCGGCGUCUUCACCUACAAUCUCUACAACGAACCAGCAAACCAGGCAGAGAAGAAAGUAGCCGUCAUGUUCUCUGUUCCUUUUGACUACAACCUGUACUCCAACUGGUACGCAGUCGGCGUCUUUGACAGCACAAUGCAGUGUGAUAACAACCUCUUUCAGAACAUGUACAGAGAGGGAGAGAGAGCGUUUACCAGAGGAAAAGCUGGCCACUGUCUAACUUACAUUGAUAACCAAACUGUGACUAUCAAGGCCACCAUGACAGACACCUGCCAGCCCACCCUCACAGUUGAUAUAGAAUAAGCACAGACGAUGUGAGAGCCAUCACUGGGUCUCAGGCUUCACUGAGACCGAAGGUAAAGGCUGUUUCACAGUUUGGGCCCAGAUACUGAAACACUUGAUCACCUCUAAUUAUAACAUGAGUAAUCUGAGCGACACUGACAAGUGAUGCUGAGUUGGUGCGUUACCGUCUAUAUUGUAAUUAACUGAUGACCUGCGCAGGUGCAGCGUGCUCAUAAAGGUGGGAUGUGGUGGGUUUGAUGAUGAUGAACUCCCACAGAAUGCAUCACUGCAC